GUCCAUUUAGCGCUGGGCUUGGUACACUCCCUCUUCAUCUAGGAGAUUGGUGUGUUGGCCCAGCGAUGGAAGACUACCACACAAUUCAAACAGCCGACCAUGGGAGCGUCAUGCUGGCAGAGAUGCACGUUCUACAGAAGCAGGGAGUCAUGUGUGAUGUCAUUCUGGCGGCUGAGGAUGGAGAGGUCAUGGCACACAAGGUUGUUCUCAUGGCUGCCAGCAAAUUCUUUCGCGAGAAACUGUCACCAGUGGUCAGCCAGUCAGCUGCCAAGAUCUGCCUGAAAGGAAUAUCUGUUGUAGAAUUAGCCAGUCUUGUGAAGUACAUUUACACGGGAAAGUUGCUAGUGGCUAAGGAUACCAUGGAUAUAACAUUAGAAAUUUCAGAAAUCCUGGAACUGAAUGGUGUCAUCCAGGGUUACAAUGAAAUUGUCUCCAAUGAGGCUGCACUGGGCCAAUAUGCAAGUAAGGGUUUUGGUGAAGGCCAAACUAGGCCGGGGGUUCCAGUGUCUAAUGAAAAGAAUUCAGCAAUCAAUCAUGAUUUGAAAAUACCUCUAAUGGUGCAGAAACAUGUAAAAGUAGAAGCUGAAAGCCCAAAUGAGUCUCCUACUGUUUCCAAGGAAGCCAAUGCAUGUGAAUAUGGUUUCCAGUUACAGAAUCCUUACCAUGAGCAGUAUGUAGAUGUUUCUGUUGGGUCAAGGUCACCUUCUGAAGCUGUUCCUACAGCUUCAUCUGUAAAGAUCGUCAACCAUCUUGAAGGCGUAGACCAGGGUGUUAAAAGUGCCCAAAUAUCAGAAGAGGAGUCCCAACACCAGGAUCUUCUAGCGGUUGCCAUAGAGUCACUGUCUGAUACAUCCAGCAUGAUGUCUCAUCAGAGGAAAGCUGGUGCAGAGCAGGAGGCUGGUGUUGGAGUGGACAAGCAAUUCAAACACUCAGAAAACAGAGCUGCAGAUAUUGAUGAUAGAACCCUUAAUGUAACAUCAUUUGUGAAUGGAAGAACAAACACAAAAACAGUGACUCUUAACGCAGGCAUUGUGAAUAAUGAGUAUGGUGGUCAUACAGAAGUUUACACUGUGUCAUUAGAUCCAUCCUCACUGAAAGCACCAAUCCAAAUGCCGCGUCCUAUGAGGAAAAGAACAGACAAAGAAAAAAAGGCACGAGAAAUAGCAAACAAAUAUCGUAGGAAAAAAAAUGAAGUUCUGAAUACUAAUCUCCCUGAACAAUUAACUGAACAAUCCCAGGUGUCAGAAUGUACAAAAGGAAUCAACCCAUCAUCUGAUGGUACACAUUCGGGUUUUCAGUAUGCCAGCCUAUCUAAAGAGAGAAAGAAAACAAACAAUAUGCCACUGAUUGAUGUACCUGUAAAUUUAAUUGUUUCAGAAAAGGAUUCAAUUUCUGACGGUGAAAAGAGUUUGAAUUUAAACAGUCAGCCUAGCAAUGACGGAUAUUAUCAGAUUGUAAUGAAUUCUGAUGAAAUUGAAGACACGGUUGAGGUACAUACAGAUCCAAUGGAAGUAACACCAACAAAACUUACAGAAAAUGAAUCCAAAGAAGGUAGUGGAAGUGCUAAAACAUUAAAACAUGUUACAUUAGAUUCUCCCAAAACACCAAGUACAGAUGAAGACAAUAGAUCAAGUGCGACUAAAAGAAAAACUAGAACCCCAAAACGGUUGCCAUGGUCAGAAGGAGAAGUUGUGAACGAGAGUGACGUGAGAGCCAGUAUUCCUGUAGUCAGAACCAGGAAGAACAGCAAACUGGAUUCAAAACCUCAGUCCACAGACAAAAUGCAGCAAGACUAUGCAAAACAAAGCAUGGAAAAUGUGCCAGAUUACAUGUUACCCCAUGUUCGACUAGAGCGACAUUAUGACUCUACUGCAGUUACUUAUCAGAAGCAGACAUUAACAAUAUCUACUGCAAAAUGUGAUGGCACUGUUGAAAUGGAACCCUCUGAAGAAUGCUAUCUGGAUGAAGAUGAAGAAAGCAUGUCAAUGGUGCAAGAUGUUGACCUAUCUGGCAGGGGAAGGAAAAGAAAGUCUGUUGUCAAACCAGAAUUUGAGUACAGUCUGAAGUUGUCAGUGAAAAAAAAGAGAGAAAUUAGAAAUUCAGGUCAGUCAAACAGUCAUCAAAAUAGAUGUGACCUUACAAAUGAUAGUGAUACUGCAGUUGAUAAAGGAACAGGUGAGAAUAAAGAUGCUACAGAAAAAGAAAUUGCAAAUAAGUCAGACGAAGUGAACAUUGAUCAGUCUAGCUGCUCUCGAACAAAGGAAGCAUUGGUUGAAAAUGUCAUGAAUUCUACAGGCCAUCCAGUUGAGGCUGCCUGUAACACAGAAGAUACACAUGCGGAGCUGGAUGAUGAUAAAGGUGAUCCUGACACUAUUGACUCAAGUUUCUCAGAGGAAACAGACAGGACAUACAGCUUGGCCACUCAGCAGAACAUGAAGCUCGCAGAUACAUCUCAAAGAAUGUUAAACUGUCAGCACUGUGGAUACCAGACACCUCUGUCAGGAAAUCUACGCAAACAUAUGCAAGGAGUUCACAAACUUGUUGUCGUUCACAAAGAACUUCAACAACAGCCAAAGUUUUCAUCCUUUAGGAUUGGACAGGUGGUAACAGUUGAUGGACAGUUAUUUGACAGCAAGACAAUGACCCCUCCAGCUUCGCGCAGAGUACAUCCAAAACCAGACACCGACUGCAAACCUCGUAAAGAGUUUGAUGGCAGAAAAAGAUUCUCAUUAAAGAACUUGCCAGUGGAAGAGUUCACAAAAGAAAUCUUACGACGUCAUCAUGCAUAUGUGAAUGCUCCAGAGAAGACUUUCAACUUCAUGACCCCAGUGCUCGCCAAGUCAACAUUGCUGCCUUCCUUCCCCCAGGCUUCACCAAAUGUGCGUAACUCGAACGCGAACAAACUGUACAACAUGCCCAAAAUAAGUCCCAAGUAUACCCCUUUAAACCAGUCUGCACAAGGGUGGGUACCAUUAGUAGUGAAAGAAGUGGAGGUCACUCAACAGAGGGCAGGAUAUGAAGACAUAGUCAUCGAAAAUGUUGAGAGUGGUGUGCCUUAUCGGACUGGCUCUACUGUGCUGAAACUCGUUGAAAGGCGGAACCCGGCUGACAAUGAGCAGAUGAUCAUGAUUACUAGCAAUGGCGUGCAGUCUAUUGUCAGGUCACAGGACUUCUACCAGACACUGCUGGAGUCUGGACAAGAGUCCAGCGAGACACUGAAAGUCAUCUCCUCACUGCUUGAGGCUGGUGAAGAGAUAGAAAUACGUGAGGAAGGCGAGACAGUUGAAAUACAAAACAUUUAAGUGUGAUAAACAGAAGGUUCUUUUUUCUCAGGACUGUAUCAGUGCUGUUGAAAAGUUUUAUUUCAAAAGAUGUCAUUUAUUAUUCAACUCUUAGGCAGUUAGUUGCCUUUGCCAUGUUUUGAACCUGAUUGUUUUGCAGUCUAACUCUGGAAUGUAUCGAUGCUAUUUUAUCUUCAUCCCCUAAAACGUUAAGGGGAGGGGUUUAUACUGGAAUCGCCAGGAAUGUCUGUUUGUAGACCAAAUCUUGUUGGGCAUGUUAUCUUGCACAUUUAUUGUCCCCUACCGGUUUCACCGGAGGGGACUUAUGGUUUGCGCUCCGUCUGCCUGUCUGUCUGUCCCUCACACUUUUCUGGAUCCUGCGAUAACUUUGAAAGUUCUUAAUAUUUUUUAAUGAAACUUGGAACAUUAAUAGAUGGCAAUAUGGACAUUAUGCACGUCAUUUCAUUUUGUUCCUAUGUCAAAAAUUCUGGUUGCUAUAGCAACAAAUAGACUAGAAAUACUGCUGAAAAUGGUGGUUUUCUGGAUCCUGCGAUAACUUUAAAUGUUCUCAAUAUUUUUUCAUGAAACUUGAAACAUGGAUAGAUGGCAAUAUGAACAUUAUGAACAUCAUUUCAUUUUGUUCCUACGUCAAAAAUUGUGGUUGCUAUGGCAACCAAAAAAAACAAAACAAAUCUGAAAAUGGUGGAAUUUCUGACAAUGGUGGAGCCGGUAGGGGACCAUAUUGCUUGACAAUAGCCUUGUUUCUCAUGCAUGUGGAAUUUUAACCAUCCUAUGUUAAACAUAACAAUAUGUAUGCCCCCAGUAUUAUAUAACAUUAUUCCUUUUGUUUAUAUUUGCAUUGGGCAUGUCACAAAAACUAAAUGAGGAGUCAAUUUCAUUCUUAAUUGGUAGAUAGAUCACUUUGGUGGGAAGUUCCAUGCACAACUUGUGACAAGAACUUAAAACUAUUUCCCUGGUCAUAUUUUUAAACGUACAAGAGAUAUUAACUUGAAGCUUAAUAGGUAGUUAUGGUAUAUCUUAUUAAGGGGAUGUGAAGUUUAUAAGAGUCAUUGCUCUUACUUCCAUACUUCAGAAAUACUGCCAUUUAUUAGUUGUUAUACUUCUAUUUUCUUCAGAGGGUAUAUUAAACAUUAUAAGAGGUAUCUGCUUUGAACUUAAUAUGUGAGUAGAUCUGAAUAAAGAAAAGUGCAUCGCAUUAUAACAUUUCCUAAUUUUUACAAUUAAUUCAAAGGUAGCAAGCUUGGAUUGUUGGGAAGCCAGUACUGAAAACUGAUUUCUGACAAAGUGGUGUGUAGGGUGUAUUUUAGACAGAAUAGUGACAUUAAUAGUUUUCUUAGUGUAUAUGUUGUUUGAAUACAUUGGUAAUGCAUACUAUGUUUUUUGCAUUGAUGUUGACAAUUGUAUUAUCAUUGUGGCUCUUUGUGAAUGGGUCUUAAUUUGUGAAAUUGUUCUUCUGAUUCUGUAUAUGUUAAAGUAUAGAUGUUAGAGACCUUUAGAAGUUAAAUAAAUAAAAGUUUUCCUUUUCAUCAUAUUGUUGGUAAAUUUAGAAAUUGGUAUUAACUAAACUGUCAAUAUCACUAGUAGUUCCGUAUGCAUAAAAUGAUAUAUUUUGCCAGUGUUUUUUUUAACAUUCAUUAUUAAUUUUUUUUAAAGUGACCUCCUUUUCGAGUUUUUGGGAUAUAAACCCUAGUAUGCACAUUAUUCUAUUUUUGCUCACAAUUCCUUAAUUUCCUAAUCAAGACUUCAUUGAGAAAAAAGUGGAAACUGGGCAAUGUACAGUGUGACAUAUCCAUUUUUAGCUCGACUUUUAUAUAUGAAAUACAUAUAGUGGAGCUAUCCUACUCACCCCGGCGUCGGUGUGAGCGUGCAAAUGUUAGUUUGCUUACCACCCCAAAUAUUUCCUAUGUCCCUUGACAUAUUGCUUUAAUAUUUUGCAUACUUCUUUACCAACAUGACCCCAACCUAUAAACAAGAGCAGACAACUGUAUCAAGCAUUUUGUAAGAAUUAUGGCCCUUUUUUUCACUUAGAUGCAUAUUCUAUGUUAAAGUUUGCGUACCACCUCAAAUAUUUUCAAUGUCCCUUGACAUAUUGCUUUAAUAUUUUGCAUACUUCUUUACCAACAUGACCCCAACCUAUAAACAAGAGAAGACAACUGUAUCAAGCAUUUGUAAGAAUUAUGGCCCUUUUUUCACUUAGAAUAUGCAUAUUAUUGAUAAAUCUAUGUUAAAGUUUGCGUCCCACCUCAAAUAUUUUCAAUGUCGCUUGACAUAUUGCUUUCAUAUUUUGCAAACUUCUUUACCAACUUGACCCCAUUCUAUAAACAAGAGCAGACAACUGUGUCAAGCAUUUUGUAAGAAUUAUGGCCCUUUUUCCAUUUAUAGAUUAUGCAUAUUAUUGAUAAAUCUAUGUUAAAGUUUGCGUACCACCUCAAAUAUUUUCAAUGUCCCUUGACAUAUUGCUUUCAUAUUUUGCCAACUUCUUUACCAACAUGACCCCAAUCUAUAAACAAGAGCAGACAACUGUAUCAAGCAUUUUGUAAGAAUUAUUGCCCUUUUUUGUCUUAGUAACUGAAUAUUUUGUUAAAUUUUGUGUUUAGAUCCACUUGACUUCUAAAGUAUCUAAGCUAUUGCUUUCAAACUUCAAAUAUUUUCUUACUAUCAUGAGGGUACUGUACCUGGCAAGUUCAAUUUGACCUUGACCUUUGAAUGACCUUGACUGUCAAGGUCAAGAGAAUAAAUUUAAGUUAAAUUGCCAUAACUUCUUUUGUUAUGAUCAGAUUUGAUUAAUAUUUUGACAAAACAACACUUUCCUGAAUACCACAAUGGAUUCCACCCAAACGAUACACUGACAAAACAACACUUACCUGAAUACCACAAUGGAUUCCACCCAAACAAUACCCCACGCCCCAACCCAGAACCCCUGCCCCCCCCUUUUUUUUGAAAGAUCGUCUAAUAAAUGAUCACACCCCACAUUAUACCCCCCUCUCAACAAACAAAAACAUACUAGUAUUUAUUUACUUUAUUUUUGAAGGACCAUCCAAACUUCCCACACAAGCUAUUGUUAUUAAACUUGAAAUAAAAUCUUAUUUUUUUGUUUUAUGUCUUUACAAAUGUUCAAUAGAUUGUGGAAAAUAUACCUGAACUAUUACCUUGACCUUAUUGAAUAAUUUGAACAAUUUCCCCAUGAUGGCUUACGUUAUACUGUCAGGCACUCGAAUAGUCGAGCGCGCUGUCCUCUGACAGCUCUUGUUAAAAAAUGCGUCCAUCUAAUUAGACAUUAACAAUUGUCUUAUCGAUUACUGCCUUUCAAUUUAAUUAAUUUCAUACCAGUAUAGUUAAGACAGAUAUAAUGUUUAUAACAUGAAGUUAAAAUAUGUCAACAGUAACUAAUUAUGUGGAAUUUGUCUGUAUUUGGGAAAUAAAUCAGAUGUGCAUCAAAUAAAAUGUUUGGUACACAAUUUUGUCAUGAUGUACAAUUUUAUAAUGAGGGGCAAGCAUGUUCACCAAAGUGCCAUGAAUGUUUUAACAUUUCUAGCAAAUGCAUAACCUUCACCAAUAUGUAGAUGUGUUUCAGAAUCUUUUGAUAAGCUUUUAUUAUCAUUAUGCUCACCAAUGGCCUCUAUGCUAAUUGGUUCAGUUUGUUAAUGAUUAUUUCUGCAAUAUAGCUAAUAUAGAAAAUUGUAAAUGAUUGUUAAUUCUAUUCACUUGCAUGCCCUCUUGGGGCCUUUAUUUUUUCAGUUUUAAUUGGCUUUGUCUUUUAAAAUAUAUGUACGUUGGAUAAUAUUGCAAGGAUUUUCUUUUUUAAUAUGAUUACAGUGUAAAUGAUGAAAAAUUGGCUGCAAGGCCCGAAUCCCUAUGUUUAAGCCCAAGGUCAUACAUAAAGGUCCAUGCUAAAAAAGUAUUGACAUGUCACAGAUAGUACGGACUAUAAUUUUAUCAUUCAUCACUGCUGGAAGUUUUUUAAGAAUGGGGGUUUGUAAGAAUGCAACUGGACAAAUUUUUUUGCAAAAUACCAGUUUAACACUGUUAAGAGGAUUAUAUAUUAAUGUUGACCGCUUUUAAUGAUGGCAGUUCUGUAAUGUAGCCAUACAGUUACCAAUGUUUCUAUUGUUUUAUAUCAUAAGUGAAGUACACAAAGCAUUCUUUUUACGGUUUUUAAAACGGACGUAAAGAAAUUUAUGUUACAAGCCCCUUGUGACCUUGACCUUUUACGUACUAACCUCAAAAUCAACAUGUAUUUGUCCUUUCCUUCACAGUAACAAUCAUGCCCAUUUGAUUGGUUGUAAGUCACAGCAUACUCCAGAUAUAGUGUCUAGAAAAAAUUGGUUGACAGACUAACCAAUGCACUGGGUAAAAAUAUAUCCCUGCUUGGUUGCAGGGGGACUACAAACACCAUUAAAGGCUGAACAUGUGACAUAAUUGUCAAAUCUGUUGAUAUGAAAUGAUACUGGCAGUGUCUGAGCCCAGAUUUUAGAAAUCACAGUGUCAUUAGCUCCACUGGCCAAAGGCCAGCGGGGCUUAUGUCAUGGUCCUGUGUGCGUGCGUUAACUUUUUCUUUAAACAUCUUCUUCUCCUAAAGUACUGGUCCAAUUCUGAUGAAGUUUCUCAGGAAUGUUUUCUUGGGUGAACCUCUUUCAAAUUUGUUCAAAUUAUGCCCCUGGGGUCAAAUUUGACCCCGCCCCGGGGGUCACAAAAUUGAAAAUUUGCUGAUAUAAGGCCUAUUUUGUGAAAACUUUCAAAAUCUUCUUGUCCAUAACCAUUGGGCUUAGGGUUAUCAAAUAGGGUAUGUAGAGACAUAUAAUAGUCCUCUACCAAAUUUCUUCAAAUUAUGCCCCUGUGGUCAAAUUUGACCCUGCCCCGGGGUCACAAAAUUGAAAAUUUUCUGAUAUAAGGCCUAUUUUGUGCAAACUUUAAAAAUCUUCUUGUCCAUAACCGUAGGGCCUAGGGCUACCAAAUUUGGUAUGUAGUGACAUCUACUUCGUCUGUUCAAAUUAUGCCCCUGGGGUCAAAUUUGACCCUGCCCCGGGGGUCACAAAAAUGAACAUAUGCUUAAUAUAUCCGCGGCCGGCGAAAUCUCUCCGCAUUUUACACUGGUAGAUUCUACCUAAGCAUUUUUAAAACGAGCGAUAUAAUUGGCUGUCGUUUCCCAAUCUUCCAAUUGAAAUCGAUUUCAUAAAAUGUGUUUGGUAUUUCGUAUGCAAAUGGAGCCGUUGUGAAGCGAAGAUUAAAAUUAUUGAAAUGACAAAUAUCAAUCGAAUUAACGACGGACAUCAUAUAGUUUGAUAGGAAUAAUGAAAUGUGUUUGUCAACGUAAAAAGAAUACAUUUUAGAUACAAGAAACACAUAUUUUGUUUAGAAAUGUGCACAGUGAAUUUGUGUCACGGAAACCAGUGUUUCUGUUUGCAAAUUGGGAGUUCAGUCUACUCGCGAAGUAAAACAAUUUAGAAGAGGAUCUUUCGAACAUGGAAAUAGACAAACAUGAUUUGAUUUAUAUGAUAGUGGAUCUGUGUAUAAUCAGAUUCAUAUGCAUAUUCUGCUUUACUAUGUUUGUCACGCUGUUCAGUUAAUUGAAAUAGCAUUGAACGAAAGAUGUGAAAUGCAAGAUAUUGAAAGGUAAACAAAUUAUAUAUGGUAUAUAUUAAUUUAACUCAGUUUAAUACAUCAUUAACACAAGAAGAACACUCAAGUGUGUUUGUUUAUAUUUAGUCCAUUAGGAUUGUUUGUAUAUAACCUUUUAUAAAAAAAAAUUGUAUUGUUUUGUUUGUUUUCACCAAAUGGUUAGUAUUAUUCUUUUACGUUAACAUUCUCAAAAUUCUUGUUUGAUUUUAGGCCCUAUUUAUCAAAAAAAAAAUUUGAAUGACAUUUUAUGAUUUAUAAACAGAUUGCAAAAAAUAUUUGUUCAAGAUAAACAUUACAACAAAUUGUUACAUUGAAAUUAAGUGAUUUUAAUAUUCAGUAGCAAAAAAGUAAGAAGAAUCCAACUUAAAAAAGAUGUGUCUAUUAAAAGUAUAUUCUACCAAUGCCGUGAACAAUCCCCUUGUUUAUAACAUGACUGCCGCUAAGUCUAUUACUAGCAACCUAUCAGAGAAUAGGUCAGAUACCUUAUUUCAAUAUAUGGCAAUCCUAGUAUUUUUCAAAAACAAACAUGACAGGUAACCAAUGUCAGAUGGAACAAGAUGUGUUUGUGAAACACAAUGUCCCCCUAUAUGACGUUUAACCUUGAAGGAUGACCUUGACCCUUCACCACUCAAAAUGUGCAGCUCCUUCAGAUACACAUGCAUUUCAAAUAUAAAAUUGCUAGCUUCAAUAUUGCAGAAGUGACAUUACAUGAGCAAUUUUGACCCAUAUAUUUGACCUUGAAGGAUGACUUUGAAGGAUGACCUUGACCUUUCACCACUCAAAAUGUGCAGCUCCAUGAGAUACACAUGCAUGCCAAAUAUCAAGUUGCUAUCUUCAAUAUUGCAAAAGUAUUCAUAAAAUAAGCGAUUUGGGCCACAUAUUUGACCUCUGACCUUGAAGGAUGACCUUGACCUUUCACAACUCAAAAUGUGCAGCUCCAUGAGAUACACAUGCAUGCCAAAUAUCAAGUUGCUAUCUUCAAUAUUGCAAAAGAACUCAUAAAAUGAGCGAUUUUGGCCACAUAUAUUUGACCUCUGACCUUGAAAGAUGACCUCGACCUUUCACCACUCAAAAUGUGCAGCUCCAUGAGAUACACAUGCAUGCCAAAUAUCAAGUUGCUAUCUUGAAUAUUGAAAUACUGCAAAAGUGUACAUUAAAUGAGCGAUUUUGACCCAUAUAUUUGACAUUUGACCUUGAAGGAUGACCUUGACCUUUCACCACUCAAAAUGUGCAGCUCCAUGAGAUACAUAUGCAUGCCAUAUAUCAAGUUGCUAUCUUCAAUAUUGCAAAAGUUAUUGCAAAUGUUAAAGUUGGCGCAAACCAACCAACAAACCAACCAACCAACAGACAGGGCAAAAACAAUAUGUCCCCCACAACUAUAGUGGGGGACAUAAAAAGUAAAGGAAAGUUAGGUCAAGCUAAUUGUUUGUCAUGAUAUCUCUUUAAACCUCACGCCAUAUGCAAGUUGUGUUGCCAUGAUUGCAACAUCUUGAUAAAUUAUAAUUCAAUUUUUUUGUCUCAUAAACAUUUACUUUGUUUAACAAACAACCUCUACAAAGUUAUCAUUCCUACUGCCUUUCGGCACCUCAUGAACCUGAAAAACUCGUAACUUUAUGUUUCCUCGGGCAAAAUAUCUUCUUUAUACAAUAAACAAUUUCUUCACCACGUUAACAAUCCUGCUACACUCACUAAUGCCUCAAAAAUGAAGUAAAGUUCAGGUGAUCUACGUCAUUAGGUAUUUUGCAUAUGUCAUGAACUAUAUAAGUAACAGAAACUUUAAAACCUACAAACACUUUGGAAUUUUGGAAAAAGAUUCAUGAUUGAAUGAAGGAACUUUCAUUAAUCUUGUAGAACAUGCGUAGAUUUGAUCUUCAGCAUCUAAAAAUAUGUGAAAUAGAGAGAAGGACAAUAUCUUUUGGAGAGAUAAAUGUACCUACGUUAUAAGCAAAGGACCUGUGUGACAAUUCCCGGACUUUUUAGUCUGUUUAGUUAUCACUGUAGUAAAGUUUUCCAUAUAUAAAAAAUGCUCACCCUUCCAACUUUAAGCGCCCAGUGGGACGAGGGAUAGAAAGAGAAAGUCACAUGCUUGAGUACAUUUCAACCCAUGCGCAUUGCAUGUUUUUUUCGCAUAAAAAAACAUUGGAGCGAUACAGGGUCACCAUGGCCCUCUUGUUUUGAAUAAUUAAAACCUUAUUGGUGUUUUUGUUAUUGGACUAGACAUGUUGCUUUGAGGCAUCUAUUCAGUUUAACAUAUAUGUACUAGAAACUGUUAUAUAAAGUUUGUAAAGAAUUAACAGAAUUGUUCUGUGAAUUCUAUAGAUUUGCAGCGUAGUACUGUAUUAUAGUUGUUUGAAACUAAAAACCCAUGAGACCAAUCCAACAUGCUAUGUUGAGAAUCUCUUUAAAAAAAUUACAAUCGCAAGCUGACCUUUUCAUUCAAUAUUUUAUUAUGUUAAACACAACAAAAGAAUUUGUUAUGUUGAUAUACUUAUGUAAACACACAGAAAUCAGUUUGUGAGGUAUCAGUAUGAAUGAAAACAAGUUGGUGUUAAUGUAUUAAAGGGGUCUUUUCACAGAUUUUGGCAUGUAUUGAAGUUUGUCAUUAAAUGCUUUAUAUUGAUAAAUGUUAACAUUGGAUUUAAAAAUCUCCAGUAAAACAACAAGAAUACUAUUAAAGAAUUUUUUUAAAGUAACCCUCGUCGGGGCUUGAACCACUGACACCUGGAGCCAAA